AUGAGACCCGCCGCCCACGCCAUUCGGUCGUCCGCCUCGACCCCUUCGUUGCGUUCCCGAGAUGGCACGCUUCCAGCGCACAUGAUGAGGCUGGAUGGAGGCGGCAAUGUGAGGGUCGUGGUGCGAGUGAGGGCCUUCUUGCCUAGAGAAAUCGACCGCGGCGCAGAAUGUCUGAUUAGCAUGGAUCCCAUUACCCAGAUGACGACACUGCACAUCCCAAACGACGAUGACCCGGCAAAUACGAGGGCCAAGAGUCGCAAGGUUAUCGAGGAGAAGUCCUUUACCUUUGACAACUCGUUCUGGAGUCAUAACACGAGAGAUAGACACUAUGCACACCAGGAAGACGUUUAUAACAGUUUGGGAGAGGACUUUCUCGACCACAAUUUCGAAGGCUAUCACACGUGUAUCUUCGCCUAUGGCCAGACAGGUUCCGGCAAGUCAUACACCAUGAUGGGCACCCAGGAACAGCCCGGUCUUAUCCCUCGAACGUGUGAAGACCUCUUCCAACGCAUCGAGGCUGCCCAGAACGAGACCCCGAAUAUCUCUUACCACGUACGGGUAUCCUACUUCGAAGUAUACAAUGAGCACGUCCGCGAUUUGCUUGUGCCUGUUGUACCAAACCAAGCGCCAUACUACCUCAAGAUCCGUGAAUCGCCAGUGGAGGGCCCAUAUGUCAAAGAUCUGACCGAGGUACCUGUAAGAAAUUUCAAGGAGAUAUUAAGGUAUAUGAAAGCAGGAGAUGCCAGUCGCACGGUAGCGAGCACCAAGAUGAAUGAUACCAGUAGUCGAAGCCACGCUGUAUUCACGAUCAUGUUGAAGCAGAUCCAUCACGACAUGGAGACAGAUGAAACGACAGAGCGAAGCUCACGUAUACGUUUAGUCGAUCUUGCGGGCAGUGAGCGGGCCAAGUCCACAGAGGCAACAGGCGCCCGGCUACGCGAGGGUAGUAAUAUCAACAAAUCACUGACAACCCUCGGACGGGUGAUUGCUGCAUUGGCGGAUCCUAAAGCAAAUCGAUCGGGCAAGAGGAGCAGAGAUGUUGUGCCAUAUCGAGACUCCAUUUUGACUUGGCUCUUAAAAGACUCGCUCGGCGGAAAUAGCAAGACAGCAAUGAUUGCCUGUAUCGCGCCAUCCGAUUAUGAAGAGACCCUAUCCACACUGCGCUACGCAGACCAAGCGAAGAGGAUCCGCACGCGUGCCGUGGUCAAUCAGGACCACAUCAGCACGGCAGAGAGAGAUGCACAGAUUGCCGCCAUGGCCGAGGAAAUUCGCUUGCUACAACUUUCCGUAUCGGACUCACGACAACGAGAGAAGAAUGCCCGCGAAAGCGAGGAGCGCCUCGAAGAAUACCAGAAUAGCGUAAUCGCCAUGCAGCGUAUGAUGGAGGAGCGUAGUCUAGUAGCCGAAGGCAAAAUACGCAGUCUGCAGACGGAGAACGAGGCGCUGCGUCUGCACCUCAAGCUGGCGCUCGACAGCCUCAAGAAUCCUAUUCCCGAAGUUGUCGUGCAACCUCGAUCCUCGGAACUGGAGGAUCUCGAUGAAGGAAACGCAGUGGAAGAGGCAGACGAAAAGGGUAGCGCAGGGAAUAACAAGCGGCAGAGCCCUGUUGAUGAAGCGUACUAUGAUGACGAGGACGGCGAGGACGACGGGUAUGAGUCUGAGAUAUACGAGGAGAAGGCAAACGACAUGCAAGACUACAUGCAGGAGUUACUCAAAGACUUGUCUCUGUUCAGACGUAAGAUCGGUGACGAUAAGGACCGAUUCUUAGCCGAGAGUCAGCGAAGCCCAUUUGGAGUCAAGGUCGACGUUUGA